CUGGGUGGUGACCAUUUUGCCUGCCUCCCUCACGUGUGUGAGCUAUCUGUUCCACAUACUGGCCUGCUACAGAAAGCACAUGAAGAGGUUGUGGGCAGGAGAUAAACAGUUUCUUCCUGUGAAGUUCCAUAAUCCUUCCUCGUCGGAGAGUGUGGUGGCCAUCGCAAGGUACUCUGGCUGGCAAAUAGCCUAUAUUCUGUGGGGCUACCUCAUUAUCCAUGUGCUGCAGAGCCUGUGUGGCAUGAUGAUCAUGUACAGUCUGGUGCUGCCUGUCAUCCACAACCAGGGCCUAGGGAUGCUCCAAGGACUGGGCAUCGGGACCCUCACCAUAUCCAUCGUCCUGGGCCUCAUGAUCAUCCAGGUAUGGAUUGCCGCCACCUUCUUCCUGCAACCAAAGAUAGGCACAGCUGACAAGCAGAAGCCCUUGGCUCUCAACAACAGGAAAGCAUUCCACAACUUCAACUACUUUCUGUUCUUCUACAACGUGCUGCUGGGCCUGGGCGCUUGCCUCUCCAGGCUGCUCAUCAGCUGCAUCCUGGGCACGUGGCUGAUUGCUCGCAUUGACAGGACCAUCAUGCAGAAUGGCUAUGAAGGAGCAGACAUGGGGUUCAAUGCAUGGAUCGGCAUGCUCUAUGUGGAUCAUUAUCAUACCAACCCUGUGCUCGUCAGCUUCUGUCACAUCCUGAUUAUAGGCCACAGGGAGAAGAGGCUCCAACAGGCCAUCAGAUACUGGUGCCAAAAUCAGCCAACAGGUCCCCGCAUCUCAGCUAGGUCCAGAACACGGUGGUUCCUGCUGCAGACCCUGAUCAACAAUCCCAGACUGGCCAUGCUCAGAAAAUCAAGAGUGGGUCAUGGCUCCUGGGAGUUUACCCAGAUUCUGUCACCAUGCUCUGAGAGCUGAUGCUGACCUCCAACACUGUUACAAGGCCAUUCCAGGCUGACCAAAAGCUGUCCCCUGUGAUGCGAUGAGAUGCAUAGCCACUGUGGGUGCAGAUGGCACACAGCACUGGCUACUCAUGGCAUGAUACUGAGCUAAACAAUGAACUAUGAAUCACUUCCUUGGUAAAAAGAUCAAGGACUAAAGAGAAUUUCUGUUGAACAUAACUUGCCCAAUAAUUGUUUCCACUAUUCAUGGUUAGGGGGCAGCCUGGGAACCUGGGGAGUUCGGUGUUGAGAAGCACUUAGUUUGACCACAGGGCAGAACUUUGCGUCACUGAGGAAGGUGGCAAAAUUUCUAUCAGGUGAGUUUAACCACUGAUGCAGUUUUUCUUUGGAAGAAAGGAUGGCUUUAUUGCUUCCUCCUUCUCAGGUCUUCUGGUGGUAGGAGAGAAGGAAAUCCAUGAUCACAGCCUCCAGUCCAGUAGGGUAAGCAGGCAUACACUGAGCUCUCCCUGUGUUGGCCCCUGGGAUGAAGAAUAGAUCAGAACUGACCUGGGCCUUGUCACACAGAAAUUCUGAUUCAGAAUCUCUCUGACAAAGGGGGAUCCCCUGGGAAAGCACCUGUCUCAGGAGGCAAAGACAGGGUGGGCAUGCAUCCUAAUUGGGGCACAAUAAUGCAAAGGUUUGGGAGCAGGAAGAGCUCAGGCAUGUUUGAGGAGAGUGAGCCCUCUGGUGUUUACAGAGCAGGGUGUUGGGAAGAGGCCCAUGUAGCUGGCUGAAAGCCUGGAUAUUUCUCUUUGGGCACAAGGCCCAGAAUUUACCCAAAUUCUUCCUACCCAAGCAUGAGGUCUCUGAUGGCCCAGGACCUGUAGAAAGUGUGAUCCUUAAAAGUCACUCAUGAAGCCACUCUGCAAGUGCCAGAAGGGCCCACCAAUAGGGUAAGGGAAGUCCCCAUCUACCUCACAGGUCCCAGAGCCACUGAAAUUCAGUAAUCAUUAUUGAGCUCCUACUGUAAAGCCAUCCUUUACGUAUUUGCCAGACUCAUCUCUUUUAACUUAAUCUCCACAGCUAAGCUUUGUCAUUCUGCUUUUAGAAACAGGAAACUGAGACUCAGAGUUUCGGGAUCUCCACACCACUACUUUCUAGCUGUGUGAUAUUGGCUAAAUUACUUUGCCUUUCUGUGCUUUCUUUUCUUACAUAUAAAAAGUGGGUGAUACCCACAACAUCCAAAAUUAUUUUGAGGAUAAAAUGAGUUAAUACAUACAAACACUCCUAAGCUGGUGCCUGAUCCUAACUCUCAAUAUCCUAAACUUUCAAUAAAUAUCAGUUAUGUUAUUUGUAAUAU